AUGUUUGCGAAAAGUAUUUUACAACCUACAUUCCCAUUCAAGCAAAUAGUUUUAAAACCUACUUCAUUGGCUCGUUCCUUUGUUAGUACACAUGUAUUUCAGUUUCAAGAGAAAGAUGAGCGACAUAAAGGUGACCACUAUUGUCUAGUGCCCAAUCGUAGUUUAAUUGAAUUGGAUGGACAUGAUACAGCAAAGUUCUUACAAGGCUUGAUUACUAAUCAUAUGCCCAAGAUAUCACCUGGUGGAGAUGGAUUUUAUACUGCAUUUCUAACACCAUCUGGACGUAUGCUUUAUGACACUUUUAUUUACCCAGUCAAUGUUGGUGUCAACUUUCCACAUCCCAAGUUUUUAAUCGAAUGUCCUACAUCAUCAAAACAAGAACUAAUAAAACAUCUGAGACGAUAUCUUUUGCGUUCUAAAAUCAAGAUACGUGAUUGUUCUGACGAAUAUAAAUUAUGGCAGAUAUGGGGACCUAGUUUACGUUCCUUUUCCGAUCCGAAAUUAGUGAAGGAAAGGGUGAGGAUUUCAGAUAUUGGAUGUCAUGAUCCUAGAAUACAAGGAUUUGGAUACAGAGCUAUUUUAAAAGCAGAACAGGAGGUACAAACCGUGUUGCCGCAGCCUACUGCAGGCAAUUUUGAGGAAUUGGAUCGCUCUGAAUAUACAAUUAGAAGAAUAUUGCAUGGAUUACCUGAAGGACCUGAUGAUAUCUGGCCAGAAGCUUCAUUACCACUUGAAUCUAAUUUUGAUUAUAUGAAUGGAGGUAUUGAUUUCCGUAAAGGAUGUUAUGUUGGGCAAGAAUUAACUAUUCGUACAUAUCAUACAGGUGUUGUUCGUAAACUUCAAUCAGUAGAUCGAUCAAAAGAUGUUCCAUCUGUACUUUUGCCUCAAACAGAAAUUAAACUUGUGGAUGGAAUGAGUAAAAAAAGUGUAGGCAAAAUGGGUUCUGGAAUACACAAUAUUGGAUUAGCAUUAAUGCGAUUAGAACAUGUACAAAAAUCAAUCACUGAUCCAACUGUGUUAUUUAAAAUUCCUGAAAAUGAGUCUAUUCGAAUUAAACCCUUUUUACCUGAAUGGUGGUCUGUAGAAGAAACAGAAAAUAAAAAUAAUAUUUCAAUCUAG